GGAAAUUUCACAAGAUGGAGUUAUUCGUGGGUUUCUUCUUGUUGAAUAGAAAGGCAUUUCAGCUGUACCGCUAGGGGGAACGGGGACUGGAAGUAGUAAUAUUCGGGAAAACAAAUGAAUAGAAGAAAAUCACAGCGCAAAGUCCUGGAAAACAAAAUAAUGGAAGAUUCAAGAGAACAAGAUGCAAAUGUUUUGUCUGAUUGGAGUGGAUCAAUGACUCCUCCAUUAAUGGAAAGUGAUGAUGAAAUUCUUGAGUCACAAUGUGUAGUACCUCUGCAGAAAAAAAACUUUGAAGACAUAUCAAUCAUUGCUAAAGAAAAUGAACUUUUGCCAAAUUUUGAAUGCAAAGAAUUCUCAUUAGAGUUCAGAAAUGAUGCCAUAUUGGAAAUGUUUCAACGGCUGUUCAGUAGUGAAUGUCCAUACCCAAACAAAGGAAGUUUCAAGAACGAUUUAAUCAGUUUGUUUGGCUUUAGAUUUUCUGUUGAAGAAGGGCUUACUUCGACUUACAGAAGAAAGUUAUUUUUGCUUUGCAGGCAACACAUUUUUCAAUUGAAGAAUUUUGAUAAAUCAUUCAAAAAGAUUAACCAUGCUGCCUGCAAAAGUGUGAUGCAACGUUGCAAAAUCUUCUUUGCAUAUGUUGGUGAAAUGCUACAUGGGGGCAACAAUGACGAAGAGUCUGUUGUGCAAGAGCUUAGGGCCCUCAUUUCAUCGAUUGGAAGAAUUCACAACCAUGCAGUAUUGGAGGCCUAUUGGCAUGCUUCAACUAUUUUGACAUCUUUAUCUUUAAAAGAUAAUGCCACAAGAUUCACAUGUAUUUCAACUUUGGAGGAAUAUUUCACAGUAAUCAUAUGGGAUCUCGCUGUUUUGGCACUGAACAUGUUCACAAAUGACAGAAACAGCUUUUCAUCUAAGAGACAUAGUUUUCUGCCAUGCUCCUGCUGUUUUCAGAUGGUUUUGUUCGUCAUCCAUGUCUCCGAUAAACUUUCUUCAACUGAAAACUGUCAGGGUUUUUGGUCCUUGUUUUCUGGCGUUUGUUCUUGCCUCCUGGACACUUCCACAAAAUCAGCUAUCGAAGAAGAUUAUUUUUCCAAAAAAGCACCACCUGGUUUCUCUGUUAAUGAACCCAUUACCUUUGCGUGGUGGUUGCUGAAAAUGGUUGCUCCUCUUUACAAGUAUGACAUCGGUGGGACACUAGUUUAUAAAGAAAACAUGUACUUGCCAAGUAAUUGGCUUCUUAUUCAGGAUCUUUUGAAAUCAACUUUUAACACCAAGGGUCCCGAUACCAAAGAAAGUUCAGCGAGAGAAGCUCUUUCCACUUGUCUAGAGGUAGCUGCCAUUUGGAAUCCGAACCCUGAUGUCAUCACAUACCUAUGGGGAUAUUUUUGCAAAAGACUGAAUUCAAGCUUUUCUCUUGGCAAUCAGGGGAUCUUAAGCACGGCUGUCCCUAACUUAUCCGCUAUGGAAUGGUUAGAGAAAUUCUGCUUCACUUCUGCCUUGACAGACUCAAAGGACAGGCCACAUCAGUCAAACAGUUACGAGAUGUUCCUUCAAAUUAUCGCCGUCUCCUUCUUGAGAGCAGCCACAAGAAGCGAACAAGGCCAACUAUGGAGUCAAUUAAAGGGAAGGUUCUACUCUAAGUUUCACAAGGGAACACUCGCAACCCUAAACGAUGUUGGUAUCAGCAAUUUUAUAAGUCUCUUUCUUACCCUGGGGCACUGUUUGAAAGCCGAAGACUUGGUUCAAAAAUUAUGUUCUUUUCUUGGUUUGAUACCAACAAAAAACAGAAGUCAGUCGAUGUCUCUGCUUAUAAUUAAAGGCUUAUACGCUAUUUACAGUCACUGUGAGCAGAGUCUAGAAGCUGCAGUAACUGUGCUGAACGAGAAAAUCCAAUCAAACUUUGACGAUGUCUGUAGGAAAUUUGUGGAGCGUGGUUCAAAUCCAAAAACCAAACAACUGUAUUGGCAGCAGCUGAAUCUCCAUCUAUCCUGUACUGAAGAUCUGUUUGUUAAUGAUACUCCUUCUGUUCCAAUUGAUUAUCCAAUUGACAUUGGCACCAGCUUAUUUGCUGUUUCAAGCAACUGCACUGAUGUUGAGGCCAGACGCAUUUCGUCAUUUCUACACAGAAUUUUGUCUACAUCGAGACUACAAGGACAAAAUCAAGGUAAUUUGCAGUUUGUCUGGUCUGGAAUUUACCCCUGGCUGAACAAGGUCUUACAAGGUGGCGAAGUGAUCAAGAGGAUCCCAGAAUCCCUUGCAGGUCCUGCUGCAGGCUUAACUUUAAUCUCUAUUUCAAGAUCUGAGCAGUCUAGCCUUGCACCGAAUUUCAAUGAGCUUGUUCGAAAAUUCUCUUCCGCGGAUUUGCCUGCCAGGUUUUCUUCUCAGUACCUCAGCCACGUGCUUAGUGAGUCCAAAGUAUUGGAACGAAUCAUUUCUAGUGAUCUUCAAGCAACUGUUAUUCGUGCUUGGAUUCGCUGCUUGAUCUGCACAACAGAUAAGCAAGUGUUGUUACUGGCGAUAACGAGAGGCAUUUCACAGCUACCUGAAGUGAAGGAUGUUAUAGGGAAGGAGUUCAAUUUUACUGAGCAAAUGAUGGAUACCAAUUUAAUAUUCUCCUUUAUCGUGGCAUUUGGGAAGCAGCACUCGUAUGCAAGCCAGCUAGCUGAAAUAGUUCAACUACGAGCAAAAGCUGCAAACUUCUUUGGAUCUUUGAUAAAAGAUUGUGAAUCUAUAAUUCAAACGGGAAACCCUCCUGAUUCUCUAAGGCUUUUAUAUUCAAUUGUUGGCAAGCUUGUCAAGCAUUGUGCAAAGCUUAUUUAUUCAAAAACGAAUCCUGAAUGUCUGCUACCUCAAAUCUUGGAUCAGCUUGUCCUUCCGAGGCAAGGGCCUAAGAAAACCGUACCAGCAACAGUGAAUCAAUGUCUGAUUGGGCAUCUUCAUCAGUUCCUUGGUGGACUUUCAACUUUGGAUUAUAAAAACGACAGCUUCAUAAAAAGGAAAUUGAAGGAAAUAUUCAGCAAGUACUUUUUAAUGAUAACAAAGAGAUGUAACUCUUCUCCCAAUUCAACCAAUCCAUUUCUGCUUGUCCUCCAAGAUCAGUCCACACAAUCUACUCCAAGAUCAAGCACGGUUCAGUCCACAAAGCAAGCCAGUGAUUUUCGACAGUUCGUGAUGGAAUUAAUCGCAGAUCACUUUCUCGUUCUUCCUCAACCACCAGACAACCAUUCGGCGGCUCUUUACUUCUUGUACAAGUUAUUUAGAAGCACUAAAGAUCGAUCUGAGAUCAUAAGGAAUAGUCCAGUUAUCAUAAUGCAAAUUAUGGGUAGUCUUAUUUCUUGCGAUGCUUGCGGUGGAAAUGCAGAACCACCAGGAAUACGACAACCAGCCAUGGACAUUCUUGCUUUAAUUUUGAAAUCGUACAAAGGUGCAUCCAGUGACGAUAUAUCGAAACUACAAGAACAGCUGCAGAACGUGCUGCAACUCAAUAUCCCUCAGUUUCAGGGCACAGUUUUUAAAUCAUUUGGAGUAUUGGCGCAGAGAAAUCCAGCAUUGGCUAGAAGCCUCGUAGGAACUGCAAAAAGAAGUGUCGAAGAAGACGAGAGAAAUCGUGGAUGUGGUGAAGACAAACGCCUCAGGUAUUCGCUACAAGAGUUCAUUGCCGCAACAGAAAGAUCGUAACGCGCUCCCGUUGACUCAGUGGUAUGCUAAAAAACCUGGUCCUUGGUCAAAUCCGCUUUUUGAUUGAAGACAAGCUUUCUCAAGUCUAUAAUGGACCUCCAAAGUUGCAAAGACACAUUAAAAGUACCAUUAUGGAAAUUGAGUGGAGGUAAAUACACAGCGGUUCAUGUACUGGACACAAGAUAUGAGAACUUGCUAUAAGAAUCACAACCACAAAUUAUCUAAACAUCUUUAGAUCAUCUUUAGAACAUCUUUUAUUGCAAUAACCUUCAGGUAACUUUGCUGCUGAAAGACGUAAUGAUAUACUCUUAGACAGCAAAGAGAGUUCAGUUUAUAAAUCACCAUGCUUUAUUAUCUCGAAUACAUUUUGUUUAGUGAGUCCUGAAAUGCUUCUUAUGAAUGGCAAUGGUGUAGUCAUAUAACGGAAGAAUAACACGCGAUCUUAGAGGCCUUAAAAAACUUUCAAAUUUCUGUAGAUCCAAUGAUAAAUAACAGAAACAUGAAAGCAAGUCAAUUAGCCUAGCCUUUUACGUCUGUUUUGUCU